AAUUCUUCCAUUUUUGUGCGAUGCGAUCAUUCACCACCGUCGUGGAGGAGGUAGUUCCUCUCUCAAAUUCUAAGUCAAUUCGAAGCUCGAAAAGUUAAAAAUGAAGAGAAAAUAUUGUGGGUCCUUGAUUUUUCUGCUUCUUUUUCACUUGCAAAUCCAUUUCUCCUCUGGAAAAAAUGCUAGAGUAUGUGUUUCUAAAGGUGGUCGCUUUCCGCCGUAUUCAUCGGAAGGGAAACCUCCAAAAAAGGUAGGCAAGGGUGCCAGAGAUUUGACCCUUUGUAGGCUGUUUCACAAAAAGACUUGCUGCAAUGUAGCUCAGACGUAUCCUGCCUCCCUGUCUGUUAGGAGGCUGGCUUCAACAGGAGAAGCCAGCCAGGAGUGCUUGCAAUUAUGGGAAUUGUUGGAAUGUUCAAUUUGUGAUCCCCAAAUUGGUGUUCAGCCUGGGCCUCCUCUUAUAUGCGCCUCUUUUUGUGACAGAGUCUAUCACGCUUGUGCUAGUGCUUACUUCUCUAUGGAUGCAAAUAAACGGGUCAUAGCACCGUGUGGAGUAAAUGACUUUGUUUGUGGACAAGCUGCUGAAUGGGUCUCCAAUGGCACAGAGCUCUGCCAUGCUGCAGGUUUUGCUGUUAAGCUGUCUGAUGCAUAUGUUGGUGUAGAAGAGGUGUCUUGCUAUGGUGGUAGAGCCAGUCUCGAUUCUAUCUCCGAUUCAUGGAGGUCUCCACAAUCUGAGUUUACCCAGAAAGUUGAGAAUUUAGGGGUCGUGGAAGAUUUCCUGCAGUGGGUGCAGGAAAUGCAAUUUAGUGAAAAAGUUUCUUGGGCAGUAGGAGGUUUAGUUCUCACUGCAGGCCUCUUGUUUACGAGUAAAAGGAAGAGUCAUAGUCAGCGCCAAAAGCUUGCAGCUAUUCAAAGAGCAGCAAUAGCUGCAAGGAGACUGGAUGGCCGGAUGAGCCAGAAUUCUCCUGAUAGUUUAGUGACUAGGAAAGGAAUUCGAAGAUGAUAUUUUAAUUUACAGAUACAUUCUGGAAUAAGCUGCCCUGAUAUCUAGCUGGAAGCUAUCAAGAACUUGAACAACACAAUCUCAGGAUUGACUGAUGUAUAUUUGUUAAGCUUCGAUGAUUGAGGUGGGAAACAGAAAUUAGGAUUACAUGUGUCCUGCAGUUUUGCUAUAACAGUUGUCAAUGUGAACCUGUUGGUGUUUUGUAUAUAUAAAAAAUCUCUUAGUAUGAGAUAAACAAGUCUUUUUCA